AAGAAGGUUCUCCUUUCUCUCACCUGGUUUUCUUGCUUAGCAAGCAAGCUAUCUCUUUUUCCAUCCUCAACUACCAUCACUUGUUUGAAGAGAGUUAAAAGGAAUUAAAAUUCCAUGACUGAUUUGAAGCUUAGGAAUUAGAAGGAGAGAACGAAUAUGGAAAAGGAACAAGCUUUCCAUCAGCGUGCACUUGAUGGAACUGAAGUAGAAGCUACUGAUAAGUUUCCUGUGGAAGAUGAUGAUGCCAAAGAAAGUGGAGGGAUUAAUCCAUUUCCAUAUAAUGCUGGACAAGUUGAUUAUUUCCCAGGAGAGUUGGUUGGCCAUUGGGUUUCCUUCUCUGCACUGGGCUUGUAUCAUUGCUACUCAUUGGGCUUAGCUGGGAAUGUUGAAUUGGAUGUCCCCUUUCGAGGCAUUUCACUUAUUGUAAAGUGCAAGUUGGAAGCUGAUUUUACCGCUACACAAUUUCAGUUGGAAACCGUUAGGGGUUCUGUGACUGUCGACAUGAAAUAUGUGGGUCCCGUUCAUCUUACAACUGACCAGGUUAAUAUGGCUAGAAGGUUUCAGAUCACUAUUCUCAGAUUGCUUAUCAACCAUAACUGGAGUACACUACAACAUGAUUUAAAUGGACCUCAUCGGGAGGAGGAGACUCUUGCAACUACAACUUACUUAGUGCUCCCAUCUAUUAUUGAUCAUGAUUUAGUGCUCCCAUCUAUUGAUCCUGAUCAGAAUUCUUCAAUUAUUGAUUGGGAUUGUGUUAAAGCAGCCUCAUUUUCUUCUAAUGUGGAUGGUAUGGUUGGGGAAGAUGGAAUUCCGCAUUGUUGUUCUCUAAAAGGUGACGACAUUCGACGGAUGCACACAAAAGAUGGUCCUGUAUGCAGUUGUAUGCUUAGGAAUUCUUUGGUGAUCACUCCUCAUAAUGGGAAUCUCUAUUGCAUUACUGGUAUCUUAGAUAAUCUUAACGGGAACUCUCCUAUGAAGUCCAAAAAGGGAAAAUCAUUACUUUGUGGGAGACGCCUGUUUAAGGUGCAAAACUGGCUUCGGAGGUCUACGUUUCAAAAGGGAAAAGAACGAAGCCACAUAGAUAGUGUUGCACCUAAACUCUGUGAGAUCAUUAUGUCUCCCAUCUCCGCAAGUACAUUGUACUCUUUCUCAUUCAUUCCGUCUAUUAUGCAUCGUAUGAAGUCCAUGCUUCUCGCCAUCACAUUAAAGGAAAUGCAAAUGAAUCACUGCACGCAAAAAUUUGAUGUUCCAGACAUCAAGGUUUUGGAAGCAAUUACCACAGACAAAUGCGAAGAGGAAUUUUCUUUGGAAUCACUAGAGACACUUGGAGACUCUUUUCUCAAAUAUGUAGUAAGUCAACAGUUAUUCAGAGAUAAUAAGCAGGACCGCGAGGGCACUCUUAGUCUUAAGAGGGAAAGCAUGAUAUCCAAUGCUAACCUUUGCAAGCUAGGGUGUAAUCGAAAACUUCCGGGUUUCAUACGUAAUGAGCGAUUCGACCCUAAGCAGUGGGUUAUUCCUGGUGAUCCUUGUGGAUGUUAUUGGAAGGAUGAAAUGUUUGUAUCACCUUUGAAAAAGAUCUAUUAUGAGGGAACCAGGCCUAUGAAUAGCAAAGUAAUUUCCGAUGUUGUUGAGGCACUUAUUGGAGCAUACCUUAGCACAAGUGGGGAAUUAGCGGCAUUGUACUUCAUGAAGUGGCUUGGUUUGUUGGUUGAUUUUGUGAAAGAGAUCUCAGAUGAAAAGCCAUUUCUAGAAGCUGAGAAGUACGUAAAUGUUAGCUGUCUUCAAUCACUGCUUAACUAUUCAUUCCGUGACCCUUCUCUAUUGGUUGAAGCAUUGACUCAUGGUUCAUAUCAGGUUGCAGAUAUUCCAAGAUGCUAUCAGCGCCUCGAGUUCCUUGGAGAUUCGGUUUUGGACUAUCUCAUCACCCUCUACUUUUACAAGGAAUAUCCUGGGAUUUCCCCUGGAGUUCUAACUGACCUUAGGUCUGCUUCUGUAAACAACGAAUGCUAUGCCCUCACAACAGUCAAGUUUGGACUCUACAAGCACAUUCUUCAUCAAUCACCUGGCCUAGAUGAAGGAAUUAUGUCCUUCGUAAAUAACAUUGGGCAAUCACUUCCGGACUCAACAUUCGGAUGGAAAGCAGAGUCACCUCCCCCAAAGGUACUCCCAGACAUACUCGAAUCAAUUGCUGGGGCUAUUCUUGUUGAUUCUGGAUUUGAUACGAAUGCUGUUUGGCAGACCAUAAGGCCUCUUUUGGAACCUAUGGCUACCCCAGACACACUAGAACACCAGCCAAUGCGGGAACUUGAAGAAUUCCGUGUGAGAAAAUCAUAUGAGAAGCCAACAUUCCAAGAUGGGGUCGCUUCUAUCAAGGCAGAUGGAAUCAUCCACGAAGAAACAUAUGUCAGUAGUAAUAAGAAGACAUUGGAGAAAAAAGGUGCAAAAGCCCUUUUGGGGUCUUUGAAGGCAACUAAUCUUGGGUCAGAAUGACUAGCAAGUAGUUAACGAUCAACAUAGAUAUUGCUGAAUUAUACAUAUGCAGGGAAUGUGUUUGUAUGGGUUUAAAUAGUCUGUUUGAUUCAUGGUAGGGGGUUUUGCACGAUAACUUCUCCAGACUCCCAAGAUUGUAGAGGGCAACAUGUUCUGUUGCUCCCAGUUGUAUAUUGAUUAUUGAGUGGGUAUGUAUUUUAAAAGUUGCUGGUUUUCUGGA